UUCAUUGCCGCCGGCCGCCCGAGCGUCCGCGGCCGCGCCCAGAUCCGCCGCCAUGGCCGCGCGGGGCUCCGCGGGCGCCGGCCCGGCCGCCAUCCAGCUCAGCAGGAUAAUGCGUCCGGAUGAUGCAAACAUCGCAGGGAAUGUCCAUGGAGGGACCAUCCUGAAAAUGAUCGAAGAGGCAGGUGCCAUCAUCAGCACCCGACAUUGCAAUUCCCAGGCAGGGGAGCACUGUGUGUCUGCGCUGGCCCGUGUGGAGCGUACAGACUUCCUCUCGCCCAUGUGCAUUGGUGAAGUGGCUCACGUGAGUGCGGAAAUCACUUACACCUCCAAACAUUCCGUGGAAGUUCAAGUCAACGUGCUGUCGGAAAACAUCCUCACAGGUGCGAAGAGGGUGACUAACAGGGCAACUCUGUGGUAUGUGCCUCUUUCUCUAAAGAACGUGGACAAAGUCCUGGAAGUUCCUCCUAUUCAGUAUGCAUGGAAAGAGCUGGAAGAGGAAGGAAAAAAACGCUACGAAGAGCAAAAACUGGAACGACUGGUAACUAAACAGAGAAAUGGGGACAUCAUCUUCCCUGUAAUCAAUCCAGAUAGACAGACUAAAGAACCGUACACUGUGGGCUAUAGCCAGUCCAGCCUGAUCCAUCUGGUGGGCCCCUCAGACUGCACUCUACAUGGAUUUGUACAUGGAGGUGUCACUAUGAAGUUAAUGGAUGAGGUAGCUGGCAUUGUAGCUGCUCGCCAUUGUAAGACCAACAUUGUCACAGCUUCUGUGGAUGCUAUUAACUUCCAUGAGAAGAUCAAAAAAGGUUGUAUCAUUACUAUUUCCGGACGCAUGACCUUCACGAGCAAUAAAUCCAUGGAGAUUGAGGUCUUCGUUGAUGCUGAUCCUUUUGUUGAUGAGCCUAAAGAAAGAUAUCGCGCUGUCAGUGCAUUCUUUACCUAUGUAUCCCUGAGCAAGGAGGGGAAGCCUCUACCUGUUCCACAGCUGGUGGUAGAAAGUGAAGAUGAGAAGAGACGUUUUGAAGAUGGAAAAGGGAGAUAUCUUCAAACGAAAGCCAAAAGGCAGGCACAGAUGCAACCGCUCACUCAACAAUGACCCUUCAUCUUGGACCUAAAUAUUUAUGGCAGAGCCGCCUAGAAAUAAACAUAUCCACUUUAGAAAUAUUUACUUGGACAAAUAAAACUAACCUUUCACUUGUGUUGUAUGAAGUGUUCAUUGGGCCCUGUGUAUUCAUUGAUCCUGUACCUGUGCAAAUGGUGGCAGAAUUCAUUCUGUGCGGCAGAAUUGUACUCCAGAAGAUAAGUUUUUCCUUUUUGUUUUUUUUAAAGUGAGCCUUUCAGAUAUGACUCAAGCGUUGAGAUGGAGUGUUUGUCUUUUUGCGUUCACACAUAAACUGAAACAAUCGUUCUGAAGUCUGAGCUGUGCCACCAUUCGUCACAAUUGAAUGUUAAAUCUGAACCGUAAUGAUGCCAAUUUAAAUCAGUUUUUGAAUUAGAAUCAUAAAAUAUCAGGGUUGGAGGGGACCUCAAGUCUAACCCCCUGCUAAAAGCAGGACCAAUCCCCAACUAAAUCAUCCCAGUCAGGGCUUUGUCAAACCUGACCUUAAAAACCUCAAAGGAAGGAGAUUCCACCACCUCCCUAGGUAACGCAUUCCAGUGCUUCACCACCCUCCUAGUGAAAGUUUUUCCUAAUAUCCAACCUAAACCUCCCCCACUGCAACUUGAGACCAUUACUCCUUGUUCUGUCAUCGGCUACCCCCGAGAACAGUCUAGAACCAUCCUCUUUGGAACCCCCUUUCAGGUAGUUGAAAGCAGCUAUCAAAUCCUGCCCCCCAUUCUUCUCUUCCGCAGACUAAACAAUCCCAGUUCCCUCAGCCUCUCCUGAUAUGUCAUGUGUUCCAGUCCCCUAAUCAUUUUUGUUGCCCUCCGCUGGACAUUUUCUAAUUUUUCCACAUCCUUCUUGUAGUGUGGGGCCCAAAACUGGACACAGUACUCCAGAUGAGACCUCACCAAUGUCAAAUAGAGAGGAAUGAUCAUGUCCCUUGAUCUGCUGGCAAUGCCCCUACUUAUACAUCCCAAAAUGCCAUUGGCCUUCUUGGCAACAAGGGUACACUGUUGACUCGAAUCCUGCUUCUCGUCCACUGUAACCCCAGGUCCUUUUCCGCAGAACUGCUGCCUAGCCAUUCGGUCCCUAGUCUGUAGCAGUGCAUGGGAUUUUUCCGUCCUAAGUGGAGGACUCUGCACUUGUCCUUGCUGAACCUCCUCAGAUUUCUUUUGGCCCAAUCCUCUAAUUUGUCAAGGGCCCUCUGCAUCCUAUCCCUACCCUCCAGCGUAUCUAACUCUCCUCUCAGUUUCGUGUCAUCUGCAAACUUGCUGAGGGUGCAAUCCACACCAUCCUCCAGAUCAUUAAUGAAGAUAUUGAACAAAACCGUCCCGAGGACCGACGCUUGGGGCACUCCACUUGACACCGGCUGCCAACUAGACAUGGAGCCAUUGAUCUCUACCCGUUGAGCCCGACAAUCUAGCCAACUUUCUAUCCACCUUAUCGUCCAUUCAUCCAGCCCACACUUUUUUGUUAAACUACUGAGCAGUUUUAGCAGAAACAUCCAGUCUAAUAUUUGUUCCAUAAUUCCAGGCAAACUACUGUGCCUUUCUGGAUGCCAAAGGCCCAUGCCUACUCCCCAAAACCACUAGCUUCCCAAAGGCCAAGUUCUGCAAUACAGCUGUGUUUUAUGUUUCUAAAAGGCACAUUGAAUAUGUAGGAGCAGCAUAAAAUUGAAUUUAUGUCCAAGUAAAUACUACCAGGUUACUGUACACCGUGUAUUAUUCAUUCCAACACCAUUCAAUAAAAUAACUCCAGUCUGCCAUAGGUGGAGUGGCACAGAAAGCAACGGGCAUACCAAAGAAUACACAGGGCCAUGACUUUUUGUAAUGCAGUGUUGAUCUACAGUAUGUCCUAAAAUAUGUACACCAAAGCUUAUUUAUAUUACUCAAGUAUAAAUGCUACUCAGUAUUGUAUGGGACUCUCAGUUCAUUCCAUUCAAAUCUAUGUAAUAUUUAUGUGCACAUCUAAGUUAUUUAGGGUGCACUGUGACAUGAAUAAAGUCGGUCAGUCUUCA